AUGGGGAAUCCAGGCCUGCGCCCAGGACCCCGAGCUGGCACACGGCCCUCGGGCUGCAUCACUCAGGCCCUGCCAUCGUCCACCUGGACGGCUGUGACCUUCCUUGCUUCGCAGCAGGAGCAGCACAGGUGUGGAUUCUUCAGACCUUCGCUCGCUACUAAUGCUCAUCCUGGGGAACGUGAUCCCGCGGAGAGCUUGGGCGCCGACGGGCCCUGUCACUGGCUCAUCCUGCGGCCUGUGGUUUUGGCCACGCCAGCCGCGCCCGCGGGAAGUCACCUACUUCCAGGUGUCCCCAUGAAGGCUGCAGAUCUGUUUUUCACCUCCUGGCUUCAUGCAGGCGCGCCCCCCAGAGGCUGCUUCCCGAAAUGGUUUCCAGACAUCCCUGAUCGCAGGAUGAUGGGUUGCUGCCCCCAUGGCUGCCACGGACAGGUGAGGAUGGCGGAGCUGCCCGCCUCGCGGAGGAAAGCGCAUGCCCGGCUGGACUUUGACGACGAAGACGGAGAAGGACCCAGCAAAUUUUCCAGAGAGAACCACAGCGAGAUCGAGCGGCGGCGGAGGAACAAGAUGACCCAGUACAUCACGGAGCUGUCGGACAUGGUGCCCACGUGCAGCGCGCUGGCCCGGAAGCCGGACAAGCUGACCAUCCUCCGCAUGGCCGUGUCGCACAUGAAGUCCAUGAGGGGCACAGGGAACAAGUCCACAGACGGCGCCUACAAGCCGUCAUUCCUGACGGAGCAGGAGCUGAAGCACCUCAUCCUGGAAGCAGCCGAUGGCUUUCUGUUUGUAGUGGCGGCAGAGACGGGACGGGUCAUUUACGUGUCUGACUCCGUCACCCCCGUGCUGAACCAGCCCCAGUCAGAGUGGUUUGGGAGCACCCUGUACGAGCAGGUGCACCCCGACGAUGUGGAGAAGCUGAGAGAGCAGCUGUGCACCUCCGAAAACUCCAUGACAGGUUAG